AUUUCUAUCAAGUUAUUGUCAUUUCUGUCAUUUCAAAGAAUUUCCAGUUCCUUCUAUAAGAAGAAAUGUUUUUAUUGACUAACGUUUUCCUUAUUUACUUGACGAGUUGUUAUUGUCACGUGCCAGUGUUUGUGCGAAUUGAAGGACAUAUAUAACUGACGUUAUAUUCGACGUCAGUACACGAGCCUCCUCAGCUUUUAUUAUUCGCGAAUUAAAUAUCACAGUGUCGAGGUGAAAUUUGUGAAUUAUCAAGAUUUUUAUAGCUGAAAGUGAUAAACUAAACAGAAUAAACUCGUUUAAAUUUUAAGUAUUGAUAAUAUUUCAAAGUGUUACGUCAGCUUUCAAAAGCUGUUUAAUUGAGGAUUUUAUUUGCUACUGAUCUGUAAUUUGCAAUAGGAAUUUGCGAAAAAUAAUAUUCUAUAAAGAUUGUCGAGUCAUGAUAAGCAACUAAAAAGCAUGGUGGACUAAAUUUGUAUAUAGUCUGAUAGUGUGUUCCCGAUUUCGACUAUUUAUAAAUUAGUUAUUUGUUGUGCGAACAAAUAGUAAAAUAUUUAUAUUGUCGAAAUAAAAAUAAGCUUUUACUUUGCAAUGAGUGAUUUCAGCAAGGAUUUUUUCAUUGAUCCCGGUAUAACUAUAAAGCAAGAACCACAGUUCAAUGAUAAUACAACUAUAAAUAUGUCGGCUAGUGUUCCUAUACCGUCAAGAAGAGAUAUUAAUGACUACAGAGAUUUUAAUCCCGAUUUUGAAAACUCACAAUCACCUUUAUAUUCUGAUGUGGGAUUAAAUACUCAAUUACAAACUCCUGGCGUAUAUGACGGUAGUGCUUGGUCUUUGAGUAGAUUAAUUAGCAAUGAUGAGAUGCUUAAAUCAGAAGCUUUUAUACAUAUGGAUGAAGAUGAUAUCUUCCAAGUGGAUAAGGCUGAUUUAAUCCAAGGACCUACUUUAGCAGAGUUGAAUGCCAACGACGAAAAUUUUUUAGGUGAUCUAAACUUUGAUGAUUUAUUGCUUCCUGAAGAAAACACUUAUAUUAUAUUGGAGAAAGGUAAUUCACAGAAUAUGACUCACCAUAUUAACAAUAAUCCUAUUACAUCUUACCUUCCUCAAGGUAUACCUUACCACAGAGACUUGGAUUUACCAUCUAGUGUACCUACAAGUAAUUUUGAUAAUUACAAGUACAAAACGCCGGUUUCAGCAUUGUCUCCAGAGAGUCAGAACAGUUCGAACUCAUCACUUGUUCACUCCUUAUCAUCGCCAUCGAACGUAUCAAAUUUUCCAAAAAAGCACAGCACGCUUCAAGAGCUUCUAGUCAGCAAAGAUCCCUACGGUUCACCUGAACAUUCUAUAUUGGGACAGUCUUUUCCAGAAAGACGUACAUUAGUUCCUGUACAUAAUAGAUUAGGUAGGACGACAAAUUCAAGAUUAUCUUCUUCAGCACCAACUCAUUUAGGACUCGAACAAAUAUGGCAACGACGCGAACCUAGGAAGCACUUGUUAUCAACCAGUUCUUUAGUUGAAGCAGGUUCGACGUCUUCGUUGUCGACAGGUGGUCUACUAAGCCCAGAUCCGCCAGAUUUAUCUCAAGAUGAAGAAUCUGAUGAAGACAGCGACGCCCAUUAUGAGGAUUUUUCAUCAGAAAAUGAUUCAGAUGAGGAUGAUGAUAGGCAACUCAAACAUUCGAAUAAAAGAGAAAGAUACUUCUGGCAGUAUAAUGUUCAAGCUAAAGGACCGAAAGGACAAAGAUUGGUGAUGAAAAGCAAAAUGGAAGAUCCUCAUCGACUCCAUGAAGUUACCGAUCCUGUCUUUAGUCCUGAUUGCUCUGUUAGAGGUAUCAAACAUAGCGGAAAGGCUCGAAAAGGUGAUGGUAACGACUUGACACCUAAUGCAAGGAAAUUGUAUGUUAUUGGGAGGGAGCUUGAAAAACUCGGUAAAAUAAUUAACGAUAUGACACCAGUUAGUGAGUUACCUUUUAACGUAAGACCUACAUCUCGAAAAGAGAAAAAUAAGUUAGCAUCCAGAGCUUGUAGACUAAAGAAAAAGGCACAGCACGAAGCUAACAAGAUCAAAUUAAAUGGCUUGGAAUAUGAACACAAACGCCUCAUUAAUAGCAUCAGUCAAGCCAAACUUAUUUUGUCAGCGAAAUUAGCAGAAAACACUCAAGAACGACAAGAAGAACUCACAGCUAACGUGGAAAAAUAUUUGAGAAAUAUAGCUAAGGUAAAGAUAGCAGGACAUACAACAGAAUACGUCAACAAAGUGUUGGAUAAAUUUAAAGGCAAUGCACAACCUAUAACGUUUACAGAAGAUUUGUAGAUGUAAAAAAAAUGUAUACGAAUGAACCAAAUCUCAUUGUGCAUUUUCUGUGGUAACUACUUUGUGGUACAUACAAAUACAGAGUGUUUGGAAAAUCCCUUGUUGAACCCAAACUACUAGUACUAGAUGCCGUUUUAUGUUUAUUUAAUAAGUUUAUUUACCACACAUUUUUUAAAACAAGUUUCAAGCGAAUAAACUGGUCGUUACCAAUAAUAACAACUAAUUAUAUUCAAGCGCUUUUGGUUGUUGUUGGUCAUUAUAUCAUAAAUUAGUCAUUCGAUGUCACUAUUUUGGACAGCAAUUGAGUUAAACUUGUGGUUAUUGAAAAAGUGAGGUUAAGCUCGAUAUUUAAUAGUAAUUCACAAGCGUUCCAGUGAAAUAAAUAAAUGAAGGAUUAAUAAUCAUAAUCAUAGAUAUCAUCAUAAUAAUAAUAAAUCGUCUUUAUUGGUCCUAUAUGUUUACACAAUACAAUUAACAAAGUAUACAAUAUAGAGACUUAUAUGUUAUUCUUCCACAUAACCAUUUCCAGCCGUUUAUCUAUGCAAAAGAACUUUAUACAGUGUCAACUAUAGAUUUAUUAAAUAAUUACAAAAACCCAAAAAACAUAAGGUUAGUUACAUAUUUGCUUAUUAAACAAAAUCGCUCUGUACUUAGAUUUAAAUGAAUUCAUACCACACAAUUUAAGAUCCAAUUAAACUUUGACGACUAAACAAGUGAACCAUUUUGAAAAGGCGCUUAUUUAUGCUGAGACAUAGUUAACAGUUUUUCUCUGAAAUAAACAGGACCUGGGAGUGUGAAUCUAGUUAGAGAAUUUUACAUUUACAGUUAAUCGAUUAUUCAACCUCUUGUAUGAUCAAAGUUCUUUUUUUUAAAUAAAGGUAUUGAAAUUCAGAUUUACAUACCUUGAUUCAUUUAACGGAAUAAUUUUAAAUGAAUAAGAUAAAUAUUUCAAAUUAUGUUAUUCAAACAUAAAAACAAUUUUGAUUUUCUUGAAAAUGGGCGAAUAAAACAGUAUGUCCCAUCGAAAUAAAACCACUGUUAUUGUGUGUCAUAACUGGAAAUGUAACAAAUCAGAAAGAAGGAAACAAAAUUUACAACUACUUAUGUAAUAAGGACUUCCUGUUAUGUGGACAGGAAAGAAAAUGAAUGCGUCAAAAAAUUGGGGGAAAGUGUCCCAGGUUUCAAUGACUGUGUUUUUAUUUCAGAUUGAAACUAUCUAAUAUUGGUAAAUACGGCCUUUAUUAACGAUAUCCAUACAUUUUUUUGGGAAUUGAGGUUAAGGGAAGUGUUAGUGAGAAGUGAUAUAUUUGUUAUGACACGAUGAGUAAAUGACGAUUGUAAGCACUGAGUUUUUUCAGAAAAAAAAAAUAACUAAAUGUGAUAAUUUUCACUUUCAAUCAUAUAAAUUAUGUUUAAUUUCAUCUGGCAGUCCUAAACAAAUGAAAAGAAAUGUUUCUUAGCACGAUCGUCAAAUUAAAAGUUAGCGACAAUGUGGUAAAUAUAAAAAAUCAUAUAAUCUUUGAUGCGAAAUUGAAAAAACAGGGGCUUAGUGAUAUUUAGGGAAAUAAAAUCUUAAUAGGGACUAGGUUAUGUAGUCACCAUUUAGCAGGAGAUUUUCUAGACAUACUUUAUAUGUAUAUCUGUUAUGCAAGAUUUUAAAUGUUUUUAGUUGUACUCAUAUUUUAUUGUUAGUAACGGUACUUACAGCGUUUGAAUUAUACUUUGAAUUUGUAUAAAGCAGAUCGUUUUUUUGUAACAUUUUUUAUUGUUUGUAUCUUUCUCAAACAACUAAUGUAUUUAUUAAUAUAAAUUUCUUGAAAUGUUCACUUUUCUUUAGUUCUUAUAUACAUUUUUGACUUUAAGUUUGUUUCAAUGUAAAUUUUUUUUACCUAACAUGAUCAUUUAUGAAUGUCCUGUCCAACAUUAUUCAAUGUUUUCAAAUAAAAAAACAUCAAAUCUAAAUUAUUUAUACUAACAUUGAAAUCCAUGAAAUAAAAUUAGAAAUUGUUAAUAGAUUUAUCACCCCUAUGGUGGUAAAACCACUUUUCACUCUCUGGAAGGUGUCGGAAGGAGCAUCCGAACGAAUCCCGGAGGAACUAUUUGCAAUAGGCUCCACACAGCGUCUCGUCUAUGCGGAUGAUGUUGACAUUAUAGCACAUGAGAACCUCAAGGACCCCAAACCACGUUCCAAUUCAGAGAACAUCGCUUCUCUAUGUGCCCCCAGUUCAAAUAUCUUGGUAUCUUGAUAACUGAAGAUGAUGCGUGACAACAAGAGUUGCUGCGGGAAACAGACGGUUCUGGGCAGUCUAAGAGCGACUUUCACGGAGAUCAAAGCUCACAAUUUACAAUACCAGCUGUCACACAUGGGUGCGAGACAUGGACUAUGACGGCAACAAGUAAGAUCCAGUGAAAGAUUUUUGGUUCUGUUUGCGAGAACGGUGCGUGGACGAUCUGGAGAAAUACUGAGCUGAGAUAGAUGCUUGGCGACUAAGAGGAGGACCGCGCUUUCGCUGGUUGGAGGACGUUGAGGCGGAUCUGAUCUAGUUAGGGGUUCGACGUUGGAGACACCAUGCUGAAGGACAGAAAGGAUUGACAGUGGAUUGUUGAAAUGAAUGAAUAUGGUUGUAAAACGAAGGAUUAAGUUUUAGUUUUUUUUUCAGAUCUUUCUAUAUUUUGGCUGCUGCUAACACGGUCAAACCAAAAAAAAUAUUUUUAUUGUUAUAAAUUUUUUAUUAUUAUGUUGAUUAGUUAUUUAUAUUUAAAUAAUUGUUUAUUUAUAGAAUUAUCAUUGAAUGAUUAAUUUAUAUUACUUUUCGUUUUCUAAUAUUUCGAAAGCUGUAAGUACUAACGGUUACUGUUUAUUCGGAAACCUGAUUGUUUUAUUAAUUUUGAGACAUGCCUAUUUUUGUAAAUCGUUAAAAUGUAUAAAUUAUUUUUAAAUACUUAUAAUAUAUGUUUAAGUACA